AUGCUAGUGGUUAUUACGGCUGCUGGGUACAAACAGUUUGGCGAGGCGUACUGGAACCUCUGGGACUUCUACUCCAGUAUUCUUGACAACUAUUGGAGCCCUGGGGCGCGAACGCUUGUCUUCCUUGCUGCUGGAAUCCAAGCAUUCGCGACUUUCGUCACAAACCUGACAAGUAAUUCUAUUCCAGUCGUCUGCUUCCUACUGGCAUGGGUGUGUGUUCCAUGGAAGCUCACCUACUCAGCAACCUCCUUCAUCACCUUUCUGGGUUCCUAUCUCUGCUUCAUCUGCCCGAUUGUGGCAAUCAUGGUGGUCGACUACUUCCUUAUCCGCAAAGGCAACAUCCACAUCCCCUCCCUCUACGCAACUGAAUCCGGCAAGCCAUACUACUACACCCACGGCUUCAACCUGCGGGCCUUCAUCUCCUGGGCAGCCGCCAUUGCGCUCGUAAUCCCCGGCGUAUCUGGCGCAUUGAGCCCCGGCUCCAUAGGAACUGCCGCCGUCCGGAUUUAUGACCUAGGCUUUCUGCUAUCGACUAGUAUGGCGGCACUGCUAUAUUAUACUGCCUGUCGGAUAUGGCCAGUGCAGAUUUACCCAGCAGAGCACGUGGAUGCUGAUAAGAGUUGGGAGGCCAUGCGCUUUACAGAGGGGUUCUUUGGGGAUGAGGAUGUUGUUCUGGCGUACUUGGUUCAGACGACGCUUUUGGAGGAGAGGACUGUUUCUGCUGGGAAGUCGGACUGA